GAUGCCCAUGCGGUCCACCUAUGGCGUGUGCGUAUCUUUGCCAUGGGCCAUAAUGAUCAGUCUGUUAGCCGGACUAGGUUAUGCAUGUCCGGACUGGCGGAUGUUCCAACUAGCUGGCUCCUUCCCCACUGUAUUGCUGCUUCUAUUAAGUAAUCCUCUUUUACUGAAAGAAUCUCCACGUUGGCUAGUUACUCGGGGACGGCUUAAAGAAGCCGAAGCUUCGCUGCUCGGAGUCUCGAAGUGGAACAAAACGACGUACAACUUGCCGGACAAUUUGAUGGGCGUCCUGGAAGGCAUUCAUGCGAAAGAUUGUGAGGAGGAACCAUCUUCUUCGUUCCUGUCCCACUUCAAGUCUCUGGUGUCGUCGCCGUACCUGCGCAGAGUGACCGGCAUUCUGGUGCCUGUGUGGCUGAUGCAGAGUUGCCUGUACAUCAGCAUACCGCUCAGCGCUGACCAAUUCCACUCACCCUACGUGUAUAUGGCCGUGUUGGGUGUUGCGGAAAUCCCUGCCUAUUCCGUCACGGCUCCCAUCACUGCGAGGCUGGGCAGGAAAAAGUUCCUCAUAGGAGGACUUCUUCUCGCAUGUGCUCUGCAAAUCACCGUCGUGGUUCUCACUGUCACAGGAUACCGAAAUUAUUGGCUUCAGAUUUUGCUCGUCGCGCUUGGGUACACGAUGAUCUGCAGCGUAUAUCAGGUGAAUAUGUUGUUCUGUGGCGAACUGUUCCCCACUUCCAUAAGAUCUCUGGGCACCAGUCUGUCUCAUUUCACCUACAAUGCUGGCGAAAUCAUACCCCCGUUGCUGAAAAUUGCACUGCCUGCAGGCCUAUCAUGGCUGCCUCUAACCAUCUACGCCAUUCUCGCCGGUUUGGCAGCCUUCCUGAUAUUGCUGCUGCCAGAGACCAACAACAAGCCGCUGCUGCAGACGCUUGGGAGCUCGCAAGUUCACAGCUUGGAAAAAGAUAACUUUGUUUCCAAACCUCGGUAUGACAGUGUUCAAAAUAAUCUUGAAGGAAUCCCUCAUAGCACGACUGGGCAGAAACAAUGACUGCUGAAGACAGGCAGGAUUGAAAGUAUAGAUCUCAAAAUUACAGUAUGCAGUAAUUAUAGUAUAGAUCUCAAAAUUAAAGAAAGAAACUAUAAAAGAGUAA